CAGGAACCCUAGCGUUUCAAACUUUGCGCCCAUGCGGUUCGAUCCGGCCGGAUUCACGGGACCACCACCUACGUCGCACGAGCGAACCAACGGGAACGACGACGAUGCCGACUACUACUUGCGUUUCCAUUAUCCUCGCCGCGAUCCUUCCGUCGCGCAGAUCCGUUUCUUUCACCUUCGAGCCAAGGUUGACGUUUUCGCCAGCAGUUUCCUAUUCGUCCUACGGACUUGCAAGAUUCUCGGCCAACGAAAAUCUUGCUCCGCUCGAGAGAAGAAGCAGCAGCCGCCUCGUUAUCGGCCUUACGAUACUUUCGUCACCACCGUCGGCACAAGUGGAAGAAGCAUCGUCACCGAUCGUCGUCGACUCGCGUCGUCGCUCGAGAAUGGGCCCGAAUUCAGAAACGCCACUGCCUUUCGCGUCUUUUACAGUUCAGUUUACCGCAGCGAGACAUGCGCGCGCAUUCCCACGUUCGCGAUUAUUUUCGAACGGAGAAAACGUCGGGUGUCGCGAUUUCGUCGCUGCAACGGUCACGAUGCGGACCGAGGGAACGGUGACGUCGACGACAGCGACGACGAAGAGAACGACCACGCUCGGCUCGAGCGUUUUUCCUCGACGUUCCGAGACACGGGGUCACGGCCGCCUCGUGAUCGAAUCAACACCGACCGAACGAGAACGAGAGGAAAGUGUGAUCGUGCUAGACCAGUCGAUCAAUCCCCGAUACCUAUCGUGGACGUCACGAACGUUCCUUACGUCGACGCGUUUGCUUACACUGCCCAGAAUGACGAGAACGAUGACAGUGUUCCGCGUAACCCGCCGCCAAUUUGCCAGUUCGGACAGGAUUCCGAUGGAUUCGGGAGCAGGAACGAUCCGAAAAGGGAUAAGUUGCGCGUCGGUGAUGGAAACGGAAGAAGCGAGAACAAUUACACUGCCCGGUUCCAGGAGCCGAUUACCAACGGAAGCUGCAAGAACGAGAAAGAGUUGGCGACCAGCGGAUCAACGAAACUCUCAAAUUCGUACGGUCGAAAGUACGGAUUCUUGUUCGUCAUGUAUCUAUUGGCUUGGCCGCUGGUCUGCUCGACCACUCCUUUCGCCCAUGGUCCAUCUCUCGGUCCCGCUGAGAAUCUUUUGCAGCACAACUCCACGCAAAUUUCAUCCUUGUUUUCGUCGGGUGUCGCGUCGCAACAGCAACAGCAGCAGCAACAGAAACAACGGCAUCGUCAAACGGAGGAGCAAUUAGUUCAGGACGCCGAGUACGGUAGAGAUGGUAACAACGCGCAUCGUCGUCGCUGGUACGAUGAUCAACGAAAAGAAGAGGAACGCGAAAUUGAGGAAUCAUCGUAUCAAAGCCACCAGGCAGUUCUCCAGUCGGAAACGGUACAUCCUUACAACGAAUACAGCUGGGAGGUGAACCAGAUAAAUCCUUGGUUGUCGGCCUGCGACCUGGCGGGACCAGCUCCGGCCGAUCUUCAAGGUAGUUGCGGUCCACCGGAAGUCCCGAAGAACUGCCCGAUCGCUUGCACGAUCGAUGCCGGUAAAGAGUUUCUCGAGGUGAUCGAGAGAACGUCGUGGUCGAGACGAAGCAAGCCGAAAGAGUCUGCUGCCGGUGUACAGAUCCAGCGACAGAAUAAAGAGAAUAAGAUGAUUAAGAAUAAGAUUGGGGAUGGCGUACGGAUGGCUCCGGAACAGUGCCUUUUUUAUCUCGAGGAGUCGCAUAAGAGGGACAUCUGUCGGGAUGAUUUUGGCCGGACCAGUACGCCAAGUUUUUUAACCCCGAGGGAGAAUCGAUAUUGGUUCAUGAGCGGGUUGCGUCUGCGGCACUGCUGCGAGCACGCGGUGGUCAACGCCCUGGCACCCGGCAAGGGCGGUCCGCUCGAGAACGUGCUAAACGGUGGCCAGAAGUGCGCCGAUGCCCUGGACAAGCUGUUGCUCGUCGAUGCGUUAGCCGCGAGAUUGCAUUGUGAAUUCGAGGAAGUGCUGGCGCGAUACGACUGUGCUCAGCCCUAUUCGGUCAUCUUCAACUGCACCCAUUGCAAGGAAGCGUAUAGAAAAUGGGUAUGCAGCUCCCUGGUGCCUUACUUUGCUCAUGGGGGACCGCAGGACUUGGAUAGCUCGGACAGCUGGGUCGGAAGCAGGCUUAGGCCCUGUCGGUCCUUUUGCCAAUCCGUGGAGCAACGUUGCCCUUACUUACUUCCGGGUGACCGUGCCCCCGCUUACCCCACGCAGUACGCCGGCGAACCUACUUUCCUUUGCAGAGAUCCAAACAUCCCCGAGACCGGAGAGCAUGCUGCGAGGGCGUUGCACAGCAGCGAAGAGGACGAGUGCUGUUUUCACGCGUGCUCCGAGGAGAAUCCGGGAUCGGGUAUCUGCGCGAAUUGUACGGACCGAGAACCACGGAAACGCGGGAGAAGCCACGAUCCUCCGACGGCGCCCUACUGCGAGAUUAAUCCUAUUCAACCAGCUUCCACAGGUGGACAGUAUCGUGCUCCGGGAACUACGGACAGCACGGUGAUCGAGGAAGGGGAUGAAUCGUACGAUUCGUCGAAGGAGACGGACGCGUCGGCGUCAGGGACGCUGACUAAUAUCGUCCAGCAACAAGGGACCUCGUUGUGCGGAAGCGGCGGUGUCGGUUCAAUGACGAGCAUCUCGUCUUCCGAUCGAUCAACGAUCAGCCUACUCGCGCAACUGUUUUGGUUAUGCUCGAUCCUGACCAGCAGCCUCGGCAACGUUCGAACGAUACCUGCGCUAUGGUUAUCUAGGAGCAUCGUACGUUUGACAGAGCCGUUGAUGGAUCGGUGGUGGUUGGCAGAGACGAGCAGCCGGCGAUCGGUUAAGCUUGCCGGUUGGCUGCACGAAGCGAGCAUGCGUCACGUAACCAAGUGGAUGCUCGAAAAGUGGGUGACGGUCGAAGGUCGGUGCCGAGGUUGUUGGUGGUACCGGUGGUGUUGUUGGUGUUGGUGCUGGUGCUGGUGUUGGCGGUGGAGGUGGCGUAGAAUAUCGUCGAGCGGUCGCGUACGAUGGAAAUUCCGACCGCGGCUACCGCGUAGAAAAACUCGCGGACCGCCUCGACCCUUAACAAUCGUUGCCCCCGCGCCGACCACCGCCACGUUAACGGGCAACGAAGAAACCGCCUCUCUUAAUCGUCCACCUCAUCCUCCUCCUCGUCGUCGUCGUCGUCGUCGUCGUCGUCGUCAUCGUCGUUGUCGUCGUUGUUGUUGUUGUCGCGUCUCGUCGACGCGGACAGGGGAUUUCGGCUCGUUCGCUGUCAAGUGUCACUGGCGGCGAUGGAAUUGGUGGUGGUGGUGGUUGUAUCGAUGGUGGAGAUCGCGGGCCACGAUCGAGGACGCGAUGCGACGCGCAACCGGAAGAAUCGAACGAAAUGGGAUGAAGCGAAGAAGAAGAAGAAGGAGGAGAAGGUGGAAGGGAAGAAGCAAAGGCAGUUUCGACGUUUUCGGCAAUGACGUUUGGCAUUGUUCGGCCACGCGACGAUACUUUAGAUUGUCCUCGAGGAAGGAUCCGCCAUAGAGGAGAUCGAGGGGAACGCAACAUGCGUGAAAUACAGGUAUUUUCAGUCGGUAACCAGAGCUCCGUCGUAAAGGACUUUGGAUCUACGAUUCCGUCGGACCUUCGAGAAACGGACGAAGGGUUUAAAGGGCUUCGCCCCGAUGGAGGAAGAUCCGUGUGAACAAGAGGGCGCGUGGCGAACGUAGAUAAAAAAGCUGGAAAGAGGAACGAUGGCGCGAGUCGGAACGAAAGGCGGGAUAAAAGGAAUUUUUGAAGAAGGUACUUCGAGAGUAGAGAGGAAUUACGAUAUCGAACGGGAAAAAUAAGAAAAACGAUAGGGAACGAGCAUACACGGUGAACGUGUACGAGACAGUUUCAAAGGAAGCUAAAGGUAAUUUCGACGUUGAAGAAAGAAAGAAAGAGAGACAGGAAGACGAAACAAAAUAAAAAAGGGACGAAGAGACCGGCAACGUCUAUCGCUAAUAAUAACGAUAACAAUAAUACAAUAAUAAUUAAUUAAUUAAUUAAAUAACAAAAAAAAAAAAAAAUUAACGACGAUUACGAUGACGGGGGUGAUGAUACGACGAUGCCCAUGAUGAAAUUACGAUAACGACGGUGAUCGAAGAAUAAUGAAUUAAAAUACUAGUUAACGAAUAAUAAUAAUGCUGAUGAUACUGAUGAAUAAUGAGAUAAAAUAAUAACGAUUAAAUACUUAAAAGAAAAGAAAAAAAAAAAAAUGAAGAAACCAUGAAGUAACGUUAACGUUUACGAUAGAAUGAUUACGAUACAGUUAUUAUUACACGUUCGAUGCGUUCCACAUAAAACACGCCCACACACGCGCGCACACAUAUACACGACACGUCAUAUACACACGUACACAAGGAAUAUUAAUUAUUUCGAAGAAAAAAAGAAAAAAAAUGGAGAAGAUGAAGAAGAAUAAGAAAAAAAAAAAUAAAAUAAAAUAAAAUAAAAAAGUUAAAAGUGCGAACGAGCGAACGAAGAAGCGAGAGUACAUGGACGACAGCGUGAUAGAAAUCAAGAGCGAAAGAGAGAACGAAUGCAAGAAAUGAUAUGAUAAAGAGAGAAAGUGAGUGAGAAUGAAGAUAAAAAAAGAGAUGAAUCGAAAAAUGGUACACACAAGAAGCAAAGCACACCUUCGCGUAUUAAGGCAUUAAACGAUUAAACGAGACAUUUAAAGAAUAAACAAAAAAAAAUGACGUAGAUAGAUAGUAUUUCGGUCGUGAAAGGAAAACCAAAAAAAGAAAAAAAAGAAAGAAAGAAAGAAAGAAAGAAAAGAGGAAACGAAGGAACGCGACGAAAUACGGAGUCGACCACGUUCUUGUAUCGACGUUUCGUAAGGAAUUGUAGAAAUGGCAACAGAGAAUAAAACAUGACGUUAUCGAGGUAUAAUAUGUGUUCGUUUAGACAUUACAAUAAAUAACUACUAUGUUAACAUAGACACGUAACGGUACGAAUCGAGAGAGAAAGAACGAGGGAGUAAAGAGGAUAAAUGAAUGAAUGAAACGAAAGAGGAACUUGUAGUAGGGUGCAUGAUCAGUAGAGAGUGCGUGGGAGAAAAAUAAAACGAGAAUACGAAAAGCACACGUGGAAAAAUAAAGAAGACGAAAUAGGGAAACAUUGAGUAGAUGAAGAAAACUCGUAGGAAACCGAUGAAUUUUUUUAUAGAAAAAUAUUCUGACGAAGUUACGAAAAUAGGUGUACGAAAAAAGCCAGAAAAAAAAAAAAAAUAAUAAGUAAAUUAAUAAUAACACUGUUUUUGAUACUCUUCUCUGCGCAGUGCAUCCGAAUUAGACUUUCUUCCCUAUGAUAUUCAUCUACUUUCUCUCUCUCGCGAUCGUGCGCGUCGAUUUUUCAUUUCUUUCAAAGAAAUUCAGAUUUCAUCGACGAGAACGCUGCGCAGAGGCAGAGUCGGAGAAUACAGAGAGAAAGAAACGUAGAGAAUCGUCGUCGUCGUCGAUGUGUCGUAAUUGCAAACGAAAAAUAAAAAGGAAAAAAAAAAAAUGAAGAAAAAAAAACGAAAUUUGCGGAAUGAUGGGAGCGUACACGCAUACACACGUGACACGUGCACGCAUACAGGUACACGACCUGUGUUUGUGAUCGAGGAGAACAGAGGUAUAAGGAGCUGGUCGCCGCAUGUGCGUUAAUUAUGUUGUUAAACAUUGUCCAAUACAUAAUUGUUACUAAUUUACAUUUGUAAGAGGAACACGAGGGGAUGGACAGCAAGCGAAAGAGAAACGAGAACGCAUGUGGUACGAGUGCGACUGACGUCGGUACGAAUGACAUGGGACGAGUGAAAAUGAUGGUGAAUAAUUGAUGUGAAUAAUCGAGAAAGCGUGAUUAGUGAGACGAGGAGAAUAUAUAAAUAUUAUAAAUAACAAAAGUGACAAGGAGAGACGAAACGAAUAAUGAACAAGGACCGGAUGAACGGACUUGAAAACGCGUUUACGCGAUCGCGUGUAGAAAAUGCUUGAAAAAGCUGUGAAUUAAUCUCCUUUUUAAAAGACAACCAACUAUUAUGUUUCUUUAAUGAAAAAUUCAUUAACCCUUUAGAUGCUAUGCACCGCUAUAGUGGCUUUAUUCUUUACUUGACAGCAAGUUAGAUAGAACGCAAGUUCCCUUUCUAGAAACGCACAGAUUUAUUAAACGGUGGCUGGAGCAAUAAUAUAAAGAAUAAUAAUUAUUUUUUUUUUUUUUCAAAAAGUCGCGUCUAACGGGUGUCUCCUUUGUCGUUAGAACUCGAACGCGGUAAAGGAAGGCGGAAAGCGAAGCAAUGAAAGAUGUGAUUACGAUAAAGUCUCUAUUAUUUGAAUGAAAGCUAAGCGUUGGUAACAAUUUAUCUUUGAAAAGAUGCCUUUGGUCUUCUCGCUACGUGUCAAGCAUUUUUAUUUAAGAGUAAAAAUUGAUUUUAAAUCAGAAAUGAAAUUCAUUAAGUUAACCAGGCUCGGAGCACACACGACGGAAACGUUUCGUCGUCGACGAUGUCCCUCGACUUCCGGUCGAUUUUUUACCGGUCCAUGCUUGGAAUCCUUGAAUAGAGGUAUAAAUUGAUCGAAUGGCACAUCGAAGAGAUCGUUCUCGCUCGUUCGUUCGUUCGUUCGACUAGAAAAUUAUAAGCAAUGUUCUUGGACCAGUAACGAAGAAACAAAAGAAACUAAAAAAACAAUCUUCGGGACGUUGAUUUCGUGCGAGGAUCGAUGCGAAAAUCACGUAAGAUUCGCAAAAUCAUUUCUCUAAAGCCUGUUCUGCACUUACGUACAAACGUUUACGAAACAAACAUUUGUUCAGGUAGAGAAACAACAAGAAAAUAGAAAGCUUCCGUAUAAAUUAACUUGCCUUCUCGCACAGAGGGAUGCGACCUCUUCAGGCAAAUUAAACGCGAAAAACUGACAAAGUUUAUUUUCUUUCUAACGUUUCUCAAACAGAAAACUUAUCAUUUACAAAAGCAAUCUAUAAAGCUUCUCAUGCAAACGUUCAAUUAAGAAAAGUGUUAUUUCAAAUAUUUUCGAAGCAUACAUUCCCAAUGGAAAUGGAAUACGGUUCCUCCGAACAAAUGUAGCUGUAGAUUAGGCUUUAGAUCGAACGUGUCGUUUCGAGUUUUCCUUCGGUAAGACGAGCUAUUUAACAAACGUCCACGUUUUCUUCCGAUCGAUCCCGAAAUCCUACUCUUUUUUUCCAUCUCCGUGUCUACCAUUUCUUCUUUUUCUCCACCAACUGUCCUUUGUUCGAGAGGAAACGAUCGAUGAGGCGCACCUCGGUGUCUAGAUAAGUUUUCACGCGGUAUCCUGACAUUCCUUAUAGAUAUCAAAGUUCCGAGUUCUUUUCGAGAAGCAACGAGGAUCGCGAAGGAUUUUGUAAAAAUAGAAAAAGAAACGAAAGAAAAUCACACCGAUUGGCGAGGCUCGAUGUCGUUCCAGAGAUAUUCACCGAAUGCCUGGAAUUUCUGUGUCAAAGAAGAAUUAAUUGGUCGCGAAUAUUGUAUCCAGGGUAGAAAAGAAAAUAAUAAGCCCUGGAUAUGGGUUAAAACGCGAUAAUAUCUCGUUGCGCUUAAAGAGGCCGUUAAAAGCACGGCUACCUCGAAAGCAGAGCCUGUUCCUUUGAUCUCCUACACUUUUUAUGAUUCUCGUUUAAAAUUAAUCUUGGCCCCCUGCCCUUCAGUCCUUUCGUUUUCUUUACCCUCCUCCCUGUUUUCCCUCCUAUCAACGCGAAACGCGACAGAGUAGAAAUCUCUGGCCGCGAUUCGAGCAGACUGCUCGUAAAAGGGAAUUAAGGAAUCCUACGAUACACGGGCAACCUUCCCAACGAAUCCGUACCGACCUAAAGAUAUCGCCGUCUCUGAACCAAACCAAGAUAAUGGCGAAAAAAAAAAGAAAGAAAAAGAAAAGAAAAACGCUUCCAACGUAACCAUAAUCUAAAGUCCAGUUCACGAUUAUUGUACGAUGAACUUCCUUCCUAACGGCGAGUAAUCUAUAAAACAUUUCCGUGCCAUUCUUUUUGUUGGUCCGUUUCUCUCGUUACUCGUCGAAAGCGUCGAAUUUAACGAGAUCCUAUUGGUGUGUAAAGAGUCGGGCUCGGUGGACGCGCGAAUCGUUCGAAGCUCGAUAAAACAAGCCUGACUGCGAUAAAGCCCCGGAGGAAGGUCGUGAAAGAGAGAGCGGUUUGUACGAGAGAAAGAGAGAAUGCUCGAUAGAUUCGAAA